GAUGGCUGGUUGUUGUCCUCAGUACCAAGUAUCUUCGCUGCAAAGAUGGCAUUUUCUCUUCGCGUCUUCAUCCUCCUGUGUGGAAUCGGUGGAGUGUUUGGUGUCUGUCCUGGAGGCUGGACUCUGUUUGAAUCAAACUGUUACAUCUACCAAAACGAACUCAAGUCUUUUGAGGACGCAGAGGCUACCUGCACCGCUCUUGAUCCUGAAGCCUAUCUGGUGUCCAUCGACAGAGUUGAAGCAAACACAGAAGUUAAAAAUCUGAUUACCGGCACAGACCCCUGGAUAGGACUCAGUGACAUUGCUACGGAAGGUACCUUUGUUUGGACUGUUCCCCUAACCCCUGCCAUCCAAAACUUUGCCGACGGACAGCCUGACAGCACGAUUGACAAUGAAGACUGUGUGUACAUUGCACAAACUGAUGGAAAGUGGCACGCUGCUGACUGCAAUUUGCUGAAGCCAUAUGUUUGCAAGAGACUAGAUCCCACCAGCAUUGAAGGCUAAUCAUACAACACAUGAGUAAUCUAUGACUCUGUGUGCCACAUAUUGGCCAAUAAGCUUUUUCGAUCUGUCCUAAGGAACUUUCCAAAUACGCUUUUACCGACUUUAACGUUCAAUGCUAUUGAAUAAAUGCUUUCUGAAACAAGAGCGUGGGGGGUGGAGUCUGCAGACGAGCGCUUGUCAGUGACGGUGGAGGACAGACAAACAAGAUUUUUACGACAAAGUUCUGUAGAAAAUAUCCUUUUUAUGGGACAUUUGUGCGUUUGUUUUCUCGUUUGGCUGUGUUGUUUGUCGCAUUUUGGCUGUGUUUGUGCUUGAUGGCAAACAUGUCAAGGAGGUCAUGGUUGGGAUAUAAACAUACUCUUGAUGUUCAAUGUUUCAUUGUUCAUUUACACUCUGGCUGUCUCAUUCAAUAAAAAGCUA